AUGUCACAAACGAGCCGGAAACGUGUGAAAUCUGCCACUCAAGAUGCAAAUGUCGUCUUUAGCAACGCACAGAUCACACUCGCCGCAUACGACAUCGUGGUUCCCUGGGAUACUUGCCGUAGCUGCACCUAUAAAAAUAUUAGCUAUGCCACAUCCUCUCGAAACUACGACUAUCGAGAUUGGAAUAACAGACAGGCAACACCUUUGUUGGGAGUAACAUUACACGUAACAUCGGAGCCCGUUCCGCCUUAUAACCGCGAAGCAGAAUCUGGUGUCAUGCUCGGUGAUUGGCCCGAGCGACUUAAAAGUAGAAGAGCUGGAGCAAAAUGUCGUGCAUAG